AUGAUGGGAAGCAACAAUGGCGGUGGCGGUGGCGGAGGCGGAGGCGGAGGCGGAGGCGGCGGGAUGGUCCCGGGUGCCCCCUCGUCCAUGGGUGCCGCCGGCGGAAGCGGAGACGGGCGGCACGACGACGAGGCCAUACUCACGGAGUUCCUCUCCUCCCUCAUGGACUACUCUCCCACGAUUCCGGACGAGCUGGUGGAGCACUACCUUGGCCGCAGCGGCUUCCACUCCCCCGACCUACGCCUAACGAGGCUGGUUGCUGUAGCCGCUCAAAAGUUUGUCUCAGACAUUGCAAGCGAUUCUCUCCAGCACUGCAAAGCCAGGGUAGCAGCACCUAUCAAAGACAACAAGAGCAAACAACCGAAGGAUAGACGUCUUGUAUUGACAAUGGAUGAUCUUUCUAAAGCCUUGCUUGAGCAUGGUGUGAACUUGAAGCACCCUGAGUACUUUGCGGACAGCCCUUCAGCAGGGAUGGCUCCUUCAACAAGAGAAGAGUAGAGUCGAUUGCUUGUUCAGAAUAGGACCAGAAUCCAUUGAGACCAGCCCGUACCAAGUGUAAUGCAGUACAUAUCAAAUGAACGGUCAUGCAUGUGUCCUUGCCCAAAUCAACAAUCUUUUUUUGCGAGGAUAGCUCUAUGCAGCGUUAUACUCACAAAACAUUAAGUAUCUACUUGAUAUAUUAUGGACUUAAUUUCUACCUUUGCUUCUGUACUUAUGAUA